GCUGUGCAAUAAGAAAAAUGUGCAUUCAGCAACUGGGUGUCUCCAGGCACCACAUGAUCAUAGUCUGUUCCACAGGUUGGCCUUUGGAAUACUGUGGGAAUAAAGUAGUCCUUUACACCAUGGCUGCAGUUCUUGAAGGUGUAUUUGUGUGUGAAUUAAUUGAAAUACUGGGUCUCCAAAUUCUCUUCGUUUCCACAAACUUGAAGUCAUAUUUAUACAAUAGGAUUUUACAAGACUAAAGUAAUGCAUUAACACAUAUUACUUUUCAUCAGUAGUUUUAUUGUCUUAAAGUCAAAAUCUGAUGGUGACUCUCAUCACUUUUCUGUUUCUUUACAAGCUGGCCACGGAAUUCCCUUCAGAAGACAUUUUUUUAAUGACAGCUUCCCCAGUUAUAAAAGCUGUAACUAAUUUCAAACAGGUCUCCAAAACACUUGAGGAAUUUGAUGUAGAGGAGCAACCAAGUUCCAUAUUAGAAAAACGAUACCCCAAUAUUAAAGUUAUACAGUCUGGAGUAAAACAGUUGAAAAGUGAUGAACACAAAAUUUUCACCGAAGAUGGGAAGGAAUAUGUGUAUGAAAAACUUUGCCUGUGUGCUGGAGCAAAACCAAAAUUAAUUUUUGAAGGAAACCCAUAUGUAUUAGGAAUCCGGGAUACUGACAGUGCACAGGCUUUUCAGAAGAAUUUGGCUCAAGCUGAGAGAAUAGUUGUGGUAGGAAAUGGUGGGAUUGCCCUUGAAUUAGUGUAUGAAAUUCAAGGCUGUGAAGUCAUCUGGGCUAUCAAAGACAAAGCCAUUGGGAACACUUUUUUUGAUGCAGGAGCAGCUGAAUUUCUCAUUCCAAAGCUGACUGCUGAGGAACGAGAGACUCCGAUCGAGUGUAAAAGAACCAAGUACACAGUGGAAGGAAGCCAGGAAAAAGAAAGACCCACUGCAGCAUCUGACAAACUGGGCAGUGCCUUAGGCCCUGACUGGCACGAGGGCUUGCAUCUUAAAGGGACUAAAGAGUUUUCUCAUAAAGUACAUAUUGAAAUAUUAUGUGAAGUGAAGAACAUACACUUACAGCAAGAAUUUAUACAACUGCAGAGGACUUCUCUGACUUUUCCUAAAGAAGAGAAAAAUGUAGAACCAGAUCAGGUGCUGUGGCCUGUAUAUGUGGAAUUAACUAAUGGAAAAAUUUACGGAUGUGAUUUCAUUGUCAGUGCAACUGGAGUAGUGCCAAAUGUUAAACCAUUCCUGGAUGGCAAUAAUUUUGCUGUAGGGGAAGAUGGAGGACUCAAAGUAGAUGAACACAUGCACACGUCAGUGCCAGAUGUGUACGCAGCUGGAGACAUCUGCACGGCAGCCUGGGAGCCGAGCCCCGUGUGGCACCAGAUGAGACUGUGGACUCAAGCUCGGCAGAUGGGAUGGUAUGCAGCAAAAUGCAUGGCAGCAGAUACUUUGGGGGAAUCUAUUGAAAUGGAUUUCAGCUUUGAACUAUUUGCUCAUGUUACGAAAUUUUUCAAUUACAAGGUGGUGGUUUUGGGGAAGUACAAUGCUCAGGGCUUGGGCUCAGACCACGAACUGAUGCUGAGAUGUACCAAGGGACAGGAGUACGUGAAGGUAGUGAUGCAGAACGGCCGAAUGGUGGGAGCUGUGCUGAUCGGUGAAACGGACUUGGAAGAAACCUUUGAAAACUUAAUUUUAAAUCAGAUGGAUCUUUCAGCCUAUGGUGAAGAUCUCCUGAACCCAGAUAUCGAUAUAGAAGAUUAUUUUGAUUGAACAAAACCUCAUUUCCAUUUUGUAUAGUUUUGAUACAAAGUAAAAUUGUUUUCUCAGGAUCACCAGAAAUGAGGGAUAAAUGCAAUUCCCUAUUAAGAUUUUGUGUUGAUCUUGUCAAAAUACUGACUGUCAACUUAAUCUGUGUAGAAGUGCAGCAACAAAAUCAAGUGGGUUGGUGGUGGCAAACACUUUUUGUCUAGAUGAGCAUAUGAAAACAGGGCUGUAACAGCCUCAGCAGCACAGGGAAGGCCACAUUUUAAGAUAGUGCUGUGUUCACUGGAAUGUGAGGGAGCCUUUCUAAAGGCAAGAAAAACAUGUUGAAUCCCAUGCCUGCCUCGUAGCUCCCUUCCCCAAACCACCCAUUCCACCUGCUGUGGUUACCAGAGCCCAGUUUCCCUAUGGCUCAUUUCUGGGCAUCUCCCUCAGCUCAGCCCAUGAGCCACCACCAGAGCCAGGAUGCCUUCAUGGGAAGGUGUGGCCUUACCUGCCAAAAGCUCCUCCAGCCUUGGGCGGGCUGAGUCAUGGCCAGGGUUGGGAAAGCCUUUGCUUCUUCAAACCAUGUGCUCAGGUGAAUGUUUACAAGCAGUCAGGCAGCCUGUUGCCAUCCCACUGGCACCACUCCACUGCUCACACCAGUGAGUACCUGCCACAGCUCUGUCCAGCUGGCUCAGAUGAACAGUUUUAGGAUACAGGGUGCUCAGAGCUCUCACCACCUGGAAUAUGGGCUGCAAAUACACAGCAAGAUGGAUGCCUUAUCCUUUGGUUUUUUCUUUUUUCCCCCCAUGUAUUUACUGCUCAGCUAAGUACAGAACACAUGCUUUGGCAUGACGAGAUGUCAGGUGAGAGCAGCUUUUUAACUGUUUUUCACUUCAGCUUUCCAGUUGUAGAGCUGCACUGGUGCAUCCCAUCCCAGCUCCAACAGGACCGGUGGGCUGAGGGCACUCCCAGGAAGGAUAACACAGCAGCACUGGCAGGGGUCACCUGCAGCAGCCUUCCCUGGAAGGAGCCUGUGGAUCAGGCUGAGGUGUCCAGCUGAGGUGGUAGAUGGUACAAGAUGCCAUUUGGAAUGGCAGUCCCGGAUCCCGAUGGGAUUCGUAAUAGGCACUUACUACAUUUGCUUAAUGAAAGUCUUCUUGGGGAAUACAGGUCCUGGUCACUUCUUGUGUGCUCCUCUUUACCACUGUCCUGCACAUUGGUUCCAGGAAGGAAUUUUUGCAAGUAUAGACUCCCACUUUGACUUGAUAUGAUGGUAACUAAAUUACAACUAGUGACAAAAUAUCUACUAUUAAGGGGGUUUAAGCUGUUUGUUUUCAGUAGUAACUGGCCCAGUGGCUGCAUGUUUACUUAUGCAAGAUGCACUUUAUUAAUAGUGAUGUGGCUGUACAGACCUGCUUCAACCAAGCUCCUCCUUUUUUAGUUGCUAGGCUUAAUUUAGUGCCUAGGUGAUAAAGCCCAACAGUUUAAGCUAUGCUUAAUGUUCUUUAUGGAUUUCAUAGGGCCACCCAGGGACAUGGGUUGUUUCAUUCUAGCUUUUUGUUUGGUUCUGCAAUUGCUACUUGGGACCUGCUCUUUAUUUAGUGUCACACUGGGAACAAUUUAUUGUACUCCACUAACUGCAAAGGUUUCAAUACAUACUGAGACUUCCCCCAGAAAAAUCACUCUAAAGAGAAUGACUCUUUUUAAUUAAAUUAAUUCCAAGUUUUGCAAAGGUCUCAGUUAAAUGGUAGAUGAAAUACUGAGCUUUAGUCACUGUCACGAUUUAAUCAGAAAAAUAAAGAUGAAGGACAUGAAUGAUGUUUGGUUUAUAUUUAAGUUGUUAUACAUGUAAAUGUUAGGGGAUGGGGGGAGAACCAAAAUGCAACCCCCUAGAACUUAACAUUUAUUAACGAGUUUGAACUUGCCUUUCUGAUCUUUGGCUGCCAAGACCUUAAAAGUCAGUAAAUAAAUAAAACUGAAUCUAGCACCCAA